AUGCUGUCGACUACUGCUUUCCGUGGCCGGUCAUUCAUCGUUACCGGCGGAGCCUCUGGAAUCGGGUUUGGAAUUGUCAAGAAACUCCUCGACCUAUCUGCUAGUGUGCAUGUUAUGGACAUAGCAGAUGAACUCUCAGAUACAGAGGCACCUCCCUCUCCUGACCAAACAAGCCGAUUACAUUUCUAUCCUAAGACGGACGUGGCCUCUCGGAAUACGGUACGGGAGACCUUCAAGUCAAUCCUUAACAAGUCUCCCAUCAUUCACGGGUUGGUAAAUUGUGCGGGGAUCUCGCCUCGAACAGCAUCGAUCAUCAAUACCGAUGAGGCGUUUGAUGCAAUCAUGGCAGUCAACGUCAACGGGGUGUGGAAUGUCGGAACCGAAUAUCUACGCUAUCUCUUGAAAACUCAGGAAGAAGCUGCUGCUACCACCUCCGAUAUUACCCUACCUAUUGAGCCGCUCAGCAACGCUGGGGUGUCCAAAGUGACGGCCAGUAUGGUGAAUGUGGGAUCAAUUGUCUCAACCCAUGGGUUUGCCGGUGUGGCUGCCUAUACUGCCAGCAAGCACGCUGUGCUAGGUCUGACUCGAACGUGGUCCAAGGAUUUCGCACAGAAAGGAGUGCGGAUCAACUGUCUUGCUCCGGGAAUUACGGACACGCCGCUUCUCAGGAAUUAUGCAACACAGGAGAUCAUUGACGAGCAUUAUCUCCCUCUUAUCCCCAUGCGAAAACUAGCAGAUACCAAGGAGAUUGCCAACGGGGUGAUUUUUUUGCUGGGUGAUCAGUCGACUUAUGUCACUGGAGAAGUCCUUGGGGUUAGGGGUGGAUUUCCCUAA